UAGGUGAGGUGGUAGUGGUGUAGUGGGUUAGGUUUAGUGGAGUAGGUUUAAGUGGGUGAAGUAGGUGGAGAGUAGGUGGAUUUUAACAUUUUGAUAUCCUUUGCUUGUUUUAAGAGUGACAAUCAUUUAUAUCCUUGUCUUGCAACAAUUUAUGUUAUUACCUUUCAACAAGUUACAUUCUGUUUGCCUUAUAUAUAUCAUACUCAGCAUGACAGCAUGAUAGCACGAUGUCAUUCCAAUAUUUCUUGAAUUCUCUUACUAUUUUCCAUUUUUGAAUUUUUGGCAGAUAAAUGCCAUUUAUAUUCGAGCCUUGUCAAAGGAUAUAGAAUUUUAAACAUUGUUCCCUACAUACAUUUUAAAUUUGAUUUCUCCUUCCUCAUGUUAAAUCCUAUGAGUUCAACAAUAGAUACGCAACCUAUGAGCUUUUGAUUACGUUAUUAUAAUAAUAAUCUAUUGCUCAAAAUAUUGAUUUGUUUUCAAUUAUUUGCAGGUAAUGAGUCCCUCAAUGGCACUGAAGGGACAAAUUCAGUUAAAGUUGUGAAUGGAGUGGCAGUUGUACAAGGAAGGACACGCACUCUGGUUGAGAGGUUUGAAAGGAGAGAGAGGGAGAUUAAAUAGUGAUGAAGUUCAGGCACCCGAUACAACCCCUCAAAUAAUACCUGAGAUGGCUAAAAUAUCCCCUAUGUUGAAUGGACAUCCACAAAUUACUGAAAGGGAGUUGACAUCUGCAAAUGAUGGUAAUGUUGCUGAAGAUCUGAUGCAGAAUCAUGAGGACUGUGUUUGUUGGGAAUUUAAGGAAGGUUUUGAUGCAGAAUCAUAAUGCAGACACAUUUUUUUUUUAUUUCAAGGCUGAACUUAGAGCAAGUGUUUUUGAGGCAAUUGAAGAAGAAGAUAGGACAAUAGAAAAGGAAGAAGGUUUGCCUCCUGCACUAUUGGGUAGCUGCAAUGACUGUGCAAAACAACUUCAUGCUUCACCUUCAGGUAGUGGGAAUGUGAAUUGACUAAUUGAAAUACAUGUCACGGACACUUAUAUGGAAGAGACGUGUCAUGUUGGACCUCGUGUCAGACACUGACACACUGUGAAAUUUGAAAUGAGAAGCAAAAUACGUGUGGAAGAGACGUGUCAUUUUGCAACAUGAGAAGCAAAAUGACGGUAUUUACGGCUGCAAAAUUUGAAAGAUAUGUAGACGGUAUUUACUGCUGCAAAAUUUGAAAUUGGAGAGGGAAGAUUGGAAGGGAAAAUUGUUGGGGAGAAGAGGAAAAAGAUUGAUGAUUCAGUGGACAUGGUGGUUUCCAAGGAAGGUUUUGAUGAUGAGGAUAAACUUCUGAGGACUGUGUUUGUUGGGAAUUUAACAUUGAAGGUUAAGAAGAAGGCUCUGUUUAAGGAAUUUAGCCAAUUUGGAGAGGUUGAGUCUGUGAGGAUUCAGUCCAUUCCUCUAUUGGAUACCAAAAAACCGAGGAAGGGUGCAAUUAUCCAGAAGAAAAUAAAUGAUGCUGUUGAUAGUGUUCACGCUUACAUUGUCUUUGAAACAGAGCAAGCUGCCCAAGCUUCUUUGGCCCAUAAUAUGGCUGCGGUUGGAGGAAAUCACAUCCGUGUUGACAGGGCAUGCCCACCUCGCAAGAAACUAAAGGGAGACAAUGCUCCACUCUAUGAUAACAAGAGGAUGGUUUUUAAUGCAGGCUGCCUAUUUGCUUCUCAUGUUGCAAAAUGACACGUCUCUUCCA